GUACCAUUUAGAUCGGCCCACAAUGACGAAACGGUCGGCGUAUCUCGGGCCGCACCUCCGCCCGGAGAGAUACUACUGACUGCCGUGUGAUCGCGGCAUUGUCAACAGUCUGACACGCACUGGCCCGUCGAGUGGCUGUCAGUCCGGCACAGUGCGGAUCGUGCAGCGCUCAUCGAUCAGUAGUCCGGCAGUCCUCUCACAGCACGGCUAGUGUUUCUGUGGACGGUUCUACUGCGUUUCUGUGGACUUCCACUCUGUGACCCGCUGCAGCUCCCCUUACCCACCCGUCUCCGUGUAGUGUCCCGCUGUGUACACAGCCCACCAUGUCAUACGUCCGGCGUGGGUCAGCGGGCUCCAGCUCGUCUGGAGGUUCACCGGCUUCCCCGGCUAGUGCUGAGGAACCGGCGGCACCUAAAGGAGGCAUCAGCACCCUACUGGCGGCCGUGUUCAUCACUGGAACGGUGGCCGGGAGUGGGAUGUUGGCACUGGCCAACUCGGUUCGACUCACAGGUUGGAUCGGUCUGGUUCUUCUGCUCUACUUUGGCGUCAACUCUGCCUACUGCGGCUUCGUACUCUCUCAGUGCUGGCUGAUCGUCGAGUCACGCUUCCCAGAGCUGAGCGGCCAGGUUCGAGCGCCCUAUCCCGAGAUCGCCUUCCGAGCCUUUGGAAAGAAAACCAGAAUACUGGCGUCUGUGGGCAUCUUCGUCAACCAGUUCGGCGGCAGCAUCGUGUACGUGCUGCUGUCCGCUGAGCUGCUCGAGGGCCUGGUCGGGAAGGACCGCCUCACCUACUGCGUCUGGAUCCUAGUGGUGGCAGGAGUGCUGCUGCCGCUCUCCUUCCUCGGAUCGCCAAAGGACUUCUGGUUCAUCGGCGUCACGGCCCUGGUUUCCACGAUGCUCGCCUGGCUGUGCAUCAUCAUCCACCUGAGCACGCACUACGGAGAGACGGUGGAUGACGCUACGCACACGUCGCCCACAUUCGAGACGUUCUUCCUGGGCAUGUCAAGUCUUUUGUUCUCGUUCGGCGGCGCCUCCUCCUUCCCGACUAUCCAGAACGACAUGGCCGACCGCAAGCAGUUUGGACGGAGCAUCACUUACGGAUACAUAGCGCUGAUCUGCAUGUACUUUCCGAUGACGCUGUUGGGCUACCUGGCGCUGGGAGACCAGCUGGAUGCCGACCUCAUCAACUCCCUGAAGCCGGACGGCUUCUUCAAGAGCGCCGCCCAGGUGCUGUUCAUGAUAAACCUGUCGGCCUCUCUGCUCAGCGUCAUCAGCCCUGUGUAUCAGGAACUCGAGGACAGGAUCGGCAUACCACUCCAGUUCGGCUGGAAGCGAGUGCUGUUCCGGACCGGUAUGAUGGCCAUCAAUGUGCUGAUCGGGGAGACGGUGCCGAGCUUCUCCAAGGUGCUCGACCUGAUCGGCGCCAGCGCUCUGACGCUGAUGACGUUCAUCAUGCCGCCCAUCCUGUACCUGAGGCUGACCUCACAUACCGACGGCGGUCGGUGGCCCAAAAUUGAGGUGCCAUUAUGGAAGAAGAUCAUUCUGGUAGAAAUUAUCGUGGUGGCCACGCUAUGCGGCGCCGCAUCAACAUACGAAGCGGUCAAAGAUAUCAUCGAAGACUCGCUGGAGAGCUCGUGUCUGAUCGAAGUCGGCGACUCAGUGGCGUCGGCGCUCUCUUGGAGUUAACGCCACGCUCGCUAAAAUCAACAGAAAAAUUAAACGCUAUCUUUUAUGGGCAUAUAACAACCAGCGGUUCUUACAGAGAAGCUGUGGGAAGGGAAUCGAGAUUUUAACCCAGCGUCCUAUUACGUGUGAUAAUUCGUUGUUACGGUUCAAAUGUUUACAGGUGUUAUUAAUACACAUAUCAUGUGUCA